GGCAUGACGAGCAAGGAUUCGUUCACUCUACCUCGACCGCUUCCUCGAGCUUCUUGUCGCUCAGCCCUUGGACGCGACCGACUUGCAACGGAGCGUUGUGAUCUCCCUACUUUCCCCUGUGGCUCGUGGUAGUCAUAUUAUUUUUCUUCUUUUUUAAACCUGCAGGUUUCAGUGCGCGGCGCCGCUAGAAACAGGGGUCCCGAGCUGGCGCCGCUGCAAAGUGUCCUCAACCCUCCGCCAGCUGGUCUGGGCAGUUCCCGACUUUCCCCUCUGCCACCACCAUCACCACGCCUUGCAGCCUUCGACGUGUCCUCGUGCCCGUAUCUGCGUCGAGUCGAGAUUCAAGAUGCGUGCGAUUGGCCUCUCCGCGGCGCUGGCAGCUCUGCUCGCCGGCAAUGUUGCCCAGGCGCAGUGGCUCAUCAACGAGCUUAGCUUUGGGCAUUCUGGACGGCUCGAUCACGAUGGCCACGGCAAGAUCCCGGGGUUCACCAUCUCCGGCCAGCCGCACCAGCCCGAGCUGCUGUCCAACAAGAUCAUCCUCACGCCCGUAGCCCCCGGCAACCAGAGAGGUGCCAUCUGGGCAGACUCGCCCCUGACGCGGUCGGCGUGGACCGCCGAUGUCGACUUUCGCGCCAACGGGCCCGAGCGAGGGAACGGCAAUCUCAACAUCUGGCUCGCGCGCCAAGGCAGCCGCGACAUUGGCUCCAACAGCAUUUACACGGUGGGCAAGUUUGAGGGCCUGGGACUGGUCAUUGACACGCACGGAGGCGCAACCGGCAUGGUUCGGGGCUUCCUCAACGACGGAAGCGUGGACUAUGUACACCAGCACAACGUGGACAAGCUGGCGUUUGGCCACUGCUACUACCAGUACCGCAACCUGGGUCGGCCGUCGCAGAUCAAGUUCCGGCAGACGCAUUCCUCGUUCCGGGUCGACAUUGACGGCACUCUGUGUUUCGAGACGGACAAGGUUAGCAUCCCGCCGGGCUAUCACUUCGGACUCUCGGCGGCGACGCCCGACACGCCCGACUCGUUUGAGGUCUUUAAGAUGGUGGUCAUGUCUGAGUCGACUGUUUCCGGCGAGGACCAUCACGACAAGCAACAGAAGAUCAACUACGAGUCGCGGCAAACACGAUCGCCGGGUGGCGCUCAAGAGGACCCCGAGGCCGGCAACAUCAUGCCCGAUCAACCGGCCGAGAUGUACACGACGUCGUCGGCCCAGUUCCAGGACCUCCACAACCGCCUGCAGUCGGCGACGCACCUUCUCAACGCCGUGCACCGGACCAACCUGCAGCACAGGAAGAAGUCUGAUGACGAUCAGGAGGAUAUCAAGCACACUCUCCAUGAGCUGCGUGAGCAGCUGUUGCAUUCGAACCGCAACGACGACCUGAACCACCGGAUCAGGGAGUUGGAGAGCGAGGUGCGGUCCCUGCGCGACGAGAUCCACAACAAGCUGUCCGCACACCAGGAUGACUUGCACCGGUACUUGGGUCAGCACCACACUCUACUGAGCCACACGGUGACGAGCAGCAUGCCGGGUCACGGCAAGCUCAUCUUUAUUAUUGUGGGUACGCAGGCGCUCCUGGUGACGGCGUAUGUCCUGUACAAGAAGCGCAAGGCGAACAGCCCCAAGAAGUAUCUUUGAGAUGGGUCUGAAUCUUGAUGACUUUGGGCGUGACAGCGGCAUCUAGGGCGGCCGGCGUUGGAUUCGGCACGUGCACCGCAAUGUACAUUUACGAUGCAGUAGACGGGGGGGGGGGGGUUUGUUGUAAGCCAGCAGGUUGCUUUGCCUUUAUUGUUUUUGGAUUUCACGACACACAAUGAAUGUAUCCUGUUGACUGCCUACAUACCUGUGCUCCACUCCUGUACCAAUGAACGAGUCACAUGUAAUGACGAUGUGUAAUUACCUGCCUUACC